AUGGGUGACUGGAGUUUCCUGGGGAACAUCUUGGAGGAGGUGAAUGAGCACUCCACGGUCAUCGGCCGAGUCUGGCUCACUGUGCUUUUUAUCUUCCGGAUCCUCAUCCUUGGCACGGCUGCUGAGUUUGUGUGGGGUGAUGAGCAGUCCGACUUUGUGUGCAACACCCAGCAGCCAGGCUGCGAGAACGUCUGCUACGACGAGGCCUUCUCCAUCUCCCACAUCCGCCUCUGGGUGCUACAGAUCAUCUUCGUCUCCACGCCGUCGCUGGUGUACGUGGGCCACACCGUGCACCACGUGCGCACAGAGGAGAAGCGCAAGGAGCGUGAGGCAGAGAAGCUGUGCCAGCAGGCAGCAGGCAACUGGGACGAGAGGGGGCCGCAGCCCCCUGACCAAAGCAGCUUCAGGAAAGGAAGCAGCAGCAGCAGCAAAGGCACCAAGAAGUUCCGGCUGGAGGGGACCCUGCUGAGGACCUACAUCUGCCACAUCAUCUUCAAGAUGCUCUUUGAGGUGGGCUUUAUAGUGGGCCACUACUUCCUGUAUGGGUUCCGGAUCCUGCCCCUCUAUCGCUGCAGCCGGUGGCCCUGCCCCAAUGUUGUGGACUGCUUUGUGUCACGGCCCACAGAGAAAACCAUCUUCAUCCUGUUCAUGUUGUCUGUGGCCUCUGUGUCCCUCUUCCUCAAUGUUCUGGAGAUGAGCCACCUGGGCCUGAAGAGGAUCUGCUCUGUCUUCAAGAGGUCCGUAGAGCAGCCACUGGGGGGGAUUCCAGAGAAGCCCCUCCACUCCAUCACUCUCUCCUCCAUUCAGAAAGCCAAGGGCUACCAGCUCCUCGAAGAAGAGAAAAUAGUGUCCCACUAUUUCCCUUUGACUGAGGUUGGUAUGGUGGAGACCGGCCCACUUUGUGCCAAGCCUUUGAGCCAGUUUGAGGAGAAGAUGGGCACAGGGCCCCUAGGGGACCUGUCAGGGGCUUACCAAAAGACACUGCCUUCCUAUGCUCAGGUGGGAGGACAAGAGGUUGAGGAGGUCAAGCAACCAGUAAAGGGAAGAGCAGAACCUGAGGUGGUUGAUAAGAGGCAGGAAGCAGAGAGAUUGAGCACAGGAGGGCAGGGGAUUGCAGCAAUGUUGGAGGAGGAGGAAAUAGAGGCCCCCAGAAUGGAGAAGGAGGGUGAGGAACAAGAGCUGCUGGCUGAGAAGGUGUCAAAGCAAAGCCUGCCCACUGAGAAGACACCUUCCCUGUGCCCAGAGCUGACUGGGGAUAACACCAGACCCCUAAGCAGGCCGAGCAAAAACAGCAGCCGGGCCAGAUCAGACGAUCUAAUCGUGUGA